GAACCUAGAUCCCGACACCCCAAGAAGAGGCAACACCUUCUCCACCCCCUUUGCCAACUUUGGUAAAAUCGUUGACCCCUCUGGGAGACUUAACUUUAGCGGAAAAGCCGUCCUACACGCAUCGGGUGUCGACUUCUCAAAUGGCUCUUCUGUUGCUAUCAACAUGGGCGAACUCCAGCUCGAUGAAGAACUUGGAAGAGGAAAUUACGGCACCGUAAGAAAGGUCCUACAUAAACCCACUAAAGUAGCAAUGGCGAUGAAAGAGAUCCGCCUCGAACUCGACUCCUCUAAACUAAAUUCAAUUCUCAUGGAGCUCGACAUCCUCCACCGCGCUCGCUCCCCCACAAUCGUCGACUUCUACGGCGCCUUCUUCCUUGAAUCUUGUGUCUACUACUGCAUGGAAUACAUGGAUGCUGGCUCCCUCGAUCGCCUCCAACCUGGGGGCAUCACAGAACAUGUCCUCGCCCGUAUCGCCUCCCGCAUGGUCAAAGGCCUCAAAUGGCUUAAAGACGAAAUGCAAAUUAUUCACCGCGACGUAAAACCUACGAAUGUCCUGGUCAAUCGCAAAGGAGAAGUCAAGCUAUGUGAUUUUGGUGUAUCCGGCCAGCUUGAGAAGAGUCUCGCGAAGACGAAUAUAGGGUGCCAGUCGUAUAUGGCGCCGGAGAGGAUCAAGGGCUCGUCCGCGUCUUUGCCUGAGCCGACGUUGCAUGGCGACGCAGUGGUGGGAGGGAUGGACGAGGGUUCGUAUUCGGUAGCGUCGGACGUGUGGUCACUUGGUCUCUCAGUCGUGGAAGUUGCAAAGGGGAAGUAUCCAUACCCCCCUGAAACAUACGAAAAUGUUUUCGCGCAGCUGAGUGCGAUUGUGGAUGGCGUGCCACCCGGGCUGCCGGAGGACGAGGACGAGCCUCCGGCUACAUCUAGCUUUGAACCAAAUGGUGACGGAGAUAAUACGAUGACGAUCUCUACAUCAAAAGGGAAAGAGCGACGGGACCUUGCAGAGGACGCGGCUGAAGAAACUGGUGAUGUAUGGCGGCGCCCAAGGCGGUGGACACCCGAUGCGAGGAAUUGGGUGGCUAGAUGUCUCGUAAAGCGAGCAGAGGAGCGAGCCACCUAUGCAGAGUUGCUGGCACACCCGUGGCUUGUGGCGGAUGCGAAGAGGGAAGUGGAUAUGGUAGGGUGGGUUGUGCAUGCGCUGGAAUGGAAGGAUAAGCAUGGAACGAAGAAGGUUGGGGGAGAAUGAUAGGCUCCCUUGCCGACUUAAUUAUUGAUAUGACAGUUGAUACCUAUAUACAGCAUGGCCCUUCGGGCAACCCUGGUCCCUGGGCAGGCAGCGUUGGCUAUUCCCAUGUUCCUUACUUCAGCACGAUAGCUAGGAUACAGACCUUCCAUGUACAUGGGAGCAGUAUAAAGACGACAAGAGGGAGCGUCACUCUAAAUUAUUGUUGUUAAUGCUACCGGGGGGAUGAAAUUUGAUUGAAUGGAGGAGU